UGCAGAAGUACGACUUAUGCAGCAGAUGACCAGGCAAGAAUUGUAUAUUCCCCGGCUAAAACCCCUCAUCAAAAAAUGCAUUUAUCAAUGUAAAUCCUGCACCAUUCACAAACAGCAAAUGCGCUCGCAGAUUAUGGCUGCCCUGCCGCCCGAACGAUGCACCUUCGCUCCGCCCUUCACCACCACCGGUGUUGAUUUUGCUGGGCCUUUUCAAAUAAAAGCCUCCAUGCUAAGAUCUCCCACUUUAGUGAAAGGCUAUGUGGCCGUCUUUGUGUGCUUCACAACAAAGGCGGUACACCUCGAGCUGUGCUCAGACCUGACCAAAGAGGCAUUUCUCGCCGCCUUUGCUCGUUUUGUUGGUCGCCGUGGUUACCCCGCUAAAAUGAUGAGUGACAAUGGCAAAACUUUUAUAGGAGCCAAAAGAGCCACUGAAAAGGAGUUCUCUGUCUUCCUCCAAACUGCAUCCCGUGAUAUUGUCCAAAAAUACUCACCCCAGGGUAUUAAUUGGCAAUUUAUACCUCCCAGCGCCCCGCACAUGGGUGGCUUAUGGGAGUCUGCCGUUAAAAGUUUUAAACUUCACUUCAAAAGGACUGCCGGGCCCCAUAAAUUUACGUUUGAGGAGUUUACUACCCUUUUAAUAAGAGUAGAAGCUGUAUUAAAUUCUCGUCCGAUAACCCCACUCACCCAAGACCCGACGGACUUUACAGCGCUCUCACCUGGCCACUUUCUCCGGGGUGCUCCCCUCCUAUCAUUCCCCGAGUCUAAUCGCGAAAACCUCUCGCUCAUUAAUAGAUGGGAAAAACUCAAGGUUUUACACCACCAAUUCGCAAACCGAUGGAAGGAAGACUACCUUAAAGACCUACAUAAGCGACACAGGUGGAAGAACGCUCAAGUAGAACCCAGAAUCGGAGAAUGCGUAGUCAUUAAUGAUGACACACUCCCGCCCACGGAGUGGCGCCUGGGCCGCAUCGAAAGGUUGCACCCUGGCAAGGAUGGACACAUUCGUGUGGUCGACGUCCGCACCCAAACAGGCCUACUCACUCGGCCAUUAGUAAAAUUAGUAUUUUUGCCUUCGAGCGAAGACACCCCCUCUCGCAUUGAAACCGAUCAGCACUCCAUAAACUCCUCACUUGAAUAAGCAGCCAAAUGACUGCACAUCGAUUUUCACACACCACACAUACAUAUACACUUUCGUAUCUCUCUCCUAUGCCUCCCAUAUAUUAAUAUACGUAACACUAAAAAUUUCCGUAUACAAACUUCUUCCAGAUGGAUCACGAUGAGGCACCUCAGCCAGCACCGCGAACGUUCCUAAAGUCGCAGAUUGGAACCACCCACAGCAUACGUUCGGCGAAUCAUCCCACGGAGGAUUAUAAGCGGUGCCGAUUGUGCGCCGGUCAUCAUGCGCUCCGAGUGUGUCCAGCGUUCUUGGGCGUACAGCCACAGCAGCGCUUCUUACUGGCAAGGGCGCACAAGUACUGCACGAACUGCCUGGCGCUUUCGCAUCCGACCGCCCAGUGCACGUCCACUACCACCUGCCGCACUUGCUCCCUACAGCAUCAUACACUACUGCACCGGAAUGGUAUACCGGCAGCCCGCCGCACGAGGGCGAACUCCGUAGUGCCGCCCCCCAAACGCCUCGACCAGACAAACAAAAACGCUCCCCAACGUGGGGGAUCAAGGCGUACAUCACCGCCCUACAACCACACCCGACACCAUCCCACCAGCGGGAACCGUAAAGUGCGCUUCACGAGGAAGGGAUUCCAAACCGCUGGCUAUCGUAGCAAGGCUACCAAAAUUUUGGUCCACGAGGCAAUGAGGGCUCUACGGGAGCUGAAGGAUGCACUAGCCGCCUAACGCGGCCAGGGCCGGGAGGAUGGCUACGCGAGCACUGCAACACUUAUAUUUAAUUAACACAAUUUGUAGCUAGCUUACUAGUGUGCAUUUCAUUUUGAAUUUUGUAUCUCUUGAAUUUUGUAUAUUUUGAAUUUAUACUUUGAACUAGCUCUGGUGUGCACCCUUUGUAAGCUUAUCUUAGGAGUGGUUGGCAACGCAUGCCCAACUCGCUCGCUACCAACUCGCUGUAUACUCAUUUACGUAACUGCAGUGCUCGUGCGCGAAAUAUUUCAUUAAACCUAUUGUAUCAUUGUUUUUUAUAUUCGGAUAUUGAAGUCAAUUAAAGUUCGCAUUAUACGCGAAAAUUUGCAUCUUUUUUGUAAUCGAAAGCCAAGUGAAUAAAUCGUUCAAAA